AUGAGUCGAUCUGCAUCCCAGGUCGGCUCUCCCAUCCCUCGAGGCGACACCGACUUUCGUUCGUCCGCCACCUACCGCAGCGAGUCAUUGUCAGACAUUCUCUCACGUUCUGCCUCGCCCUCCAACCGUCGCCGUCAAACCACCGACGAUCUUCCUGACCCUCUUCUCGACGUGGAAGCUGCUGGCGUCUCGCUUGAAGCUCCAGCUCUCAAUCAAGCUGAUGAGCUGCGUCUUCACGCAUUCAACACUCGCAUCAACGGUCAGGUUACAGAGCAUUACGGUCAGUGCAACGAGCGUUUCUUUUUGACAGAUGUACAAGGUGGAGUUUGUGGUCGCUGUAGGCGUGAGAAUCGUACUUGUCCUACUCCCGAGCAGCCCGAAAACCCCUUCCUCUUCGGCGCUUCAAACAACAUGGAUACAGGCCCGGUUGCAAACCUUCCUCGUCUUACUCAAGUGGAAGAAAUGCUCAUUGCUCGCGUCCACGUCAGCAUCGAAGUGCGCAACGUUCGUGGUUCUCAGUACGAGUACACCGGUCACGUCUGUAACUUCCUGCAGAGUGUAGGCAAGGUUUACGACGAACUUCCACUCUCUCCCAAGGAUCUCGACGUGAUUAUUGUCAAGCCUCGCAACGCAGCUGGUGAUCCACGCCUUGAGCGCCAGUUCGUCCGCGACUUCCGUGUGCGUCGUGAAGUCAUUCGUCAGUGGCUUACAUUCCUGCGCAUUAACCAUCCUGGCCAUCGUGACAUUGGAAUCGACUUUGAAGUUCUGGAGUCGCUACCGCUUGGCCAGCACGUUCUGGACGACAUUGCUGUCCAACAUGCAGAAGACGCAUCCGCUGAUCCCACGCCAAUUGAUUCUGCACAAGACAAUCCCGCACUGAUCUUUGGUGCCAUUCCCGAUGUGCUACCAGCUGGCACUGACCUUAGACAGCUUCAAGGUCGUCUUGGACACACACAGCCUAGUGAUGAAGGUCAGCCCCACGCUCAAGCGCGACCAGCACCACAGCAGGUCGUAGCCAAGUUCCGCUCUAUCCAACUUCCAGAGUUCAACAAGGCGGAAGCUUUGCUUAGUCGUGCAUUCCCUUCUCUCUUCCCUCUUGGAAGGGCAGAAUUUAUUCUCCCGCGAGCUCUUAAGGUCUCACUCCAGCUAGGAGCCACAGCUGCACCUGCCGAUGUCACAAUUAAGGGACAUUUAUUUGACGGACUGAUGGCCGAGGCCACUCUCCGUGGCUGCCCAAGCGACUGCACCUUGUGGUACGAUCAACCAGAGCUCGAACGAGCCCACGAUGCCGAUUUCCUAAGACUCCGUUCCAAUGAAGUGAUCACUAUCCGUGGUCCUCCAGACAUUGAGAUAUACGUCACUUGGGAUGACCCUCGCGUCUUCCCUAUUUCGUUCUACAGUUACUCGAUAGACUCGAUGUUAGAGAUUCGUAAACAAUGCUUUCGCAGGAUGAACCCUCGGGUCAAGUGCGACUGGCACAUGAUGGGCAACUACUUACAGAUGCCACAGCUAACAUUAGGUUAA